UCUACUUUUUCUCGACACGUGGCAUCAGCCAAUUCUUUCUCCAUGGAUUUCCCUUAUUAAGCCAACCCUUCCAAGACAACUCUUUCUGCCUCGAAGUCUAUUUAUUAUUGCUAUCCGCUUCUCUUCGUAGAAUUGAAGUGGGAAAAUCAAGAAAGGUAAAAAACACAAUGAAACAGAACAACUUUUGUUGGACAGAGGAAGAGAUUGAAGUGGCAGAAAUUUUACUGGAUUUGGGAAAUUCAGUUCCUGUAUCAGAAUCAAGAAACAAUCUUUCUUGGGGUUGUAAGAGGAGGAGAUCUAAUCCAUCUCAUGCUCCUGCACCCUCAUUACCUUCGCCCUCCAUUCAUGGAACUGAAACUGAAAUCCAAACUCAAGUCAAACUUGAACCGCCAUCCAAAAGUCCAACAACACCUUUAUCUUUCUCGCCAAGUGAAUCUGAUGAAAAGUCGAAGUAUUCUUCCAAGAAUUCCAAGAAAAGGAAUUAUAUGGAGAUGAUAGAAGGAUUAACUCAGCGCAGAGAUUUGCUUACAAGGGAAGUAGAGAAUGUGAGGAAUUACUACAAAAAAUUGAAGGCUUACAAUUUGGAGUUGAAAUUGAUGAAACAGAAGGCACUAACAACUUGCCUUAUAAACGAAGGAUCCUAUUCCCAUAUGGGAAUGAGCAAAUUCUUGAAUUUUGAGAUGCAUUUAGCCCAACAUUAUCAAAUUACGGCCGUGGCUCAUCAACAGCCGGUCAAUUUAGAUCAGACGGCCUCUGGACCAUCAAAACAAAUAAGUGAAAAAAUUCACUACCCAUCCAGUAAUGGAUUGUGCCAUAUUAAUCAGGUGGGCCCAGUUGGAUUACCUGAUCUGAAUCUAUCUCCUGAAGAGGCUUUUGGGAUGGAACCAACCUAUGUGAACAAAGAUCUUGCUGAUAAACGUGCCAGAUUUGCUGAAGCAAGGAGGUUGAGGAGAGGAAUAAUCAAGAAUAGGUCGAUGAAGAGUGGUGUAAGGACUCUGCGAAGCAGAUGAUUGGUUCCCCGCCCAUGUUUUUUUGAUAGCAAUAAAGUAUAUGAUUAUUUAUUGAUUAGUUCUAAUUAAAGUGUAAAUUUAAUGAAGAAAUUUUCUUGCUCAA